GCUGAGCUGUCAGGCACAGCCCCCUGGCCUUUCUCCCAGCCAAACAGCUCUGAUAAGUGGGCAGGCCUUGAGCCCGGAGACCCACAGACACACUUGGAUGACUUUACGGAAAUCGGUUGGCCAGUCCCUCCAAGGGCUUGGACCCGCUUCGGAUGCGCCGCCUGCCAGCGCCGCAGACAUGGCCAACAAGACCAACGCCUCCCGCCCGUACGACGGCUACGAGUAUUACCUCGAUUACCUGGACCUCAUUCCCGUCGAUGAGAGGAAGCUGAAAGCCAACAAAUAUUUCAUCGUCAUCACCUUCUGGGUGAGCCUGGCGUCCUUCGUCAUGCUUCUGUUCCUCAUCCUGCUCUACAUGUCCUGGUCAGGCUCCUCACAGGGGAGGAACAACACCCAGCACCACACAACAUGCCCCUGGAGUCACAGCCUCCAUCUCCCCCUCUGCAUCCGGGGGCAGCCCCCCGGCUCCACGGAGCUCGGCCGGAGCCCCAGGCGGCAGAGCACACAGUCCUGAGCGGCAGCAGCGGUCAUGAGCCCCUGCACUUGCCCCACUCUGCCCCCGCACCCACCCUGCUCUCCUCCCAGAACUGGCCUUCGACAGGGACCCCCACAGCAUCAGGUGAUGUCGGGAACAACUGGGGUGAGCCUCCCCCUGAAGACAGAACCUCUCAACUGUAGAAGCGACACCAGCAAAUCAGUGAACUCAGCCUGAAUGCACGGCUGCCUUCGGAAAGCCUACUUACGUGCAGCCGGAAGCGCAGGCCAGGAUGUACUCUACGAGGGGACACAAGUACACGUGACCCAGGGCUCAGAGUACCCCGCCUAGCACAGGGAAGCGGCCCCAGAGAGUGCGGAUUUCCAGUGCAUUUUACCUGCAAACGUACUUCUUAUGUUCACUUUGGGAAGGGUAGAAAAUAAAACAUAUACGAAUUAAUUUUUA